ACAUCUCGUCUUUCCGUCCGACCCAGAGCAGCCAGACUGGAAAGGUCGUUGCUGGGGUAGUGUUCGACCUUUCCCUUAUUCUUGUUCUUCUUCCUUCCUUCACUUAAAUCCACUCAAUCUCUCUAACCUACUUCAGUAACCCAUUUAUUCCGCCGCUCCUUGCGGAACAUUUGUGACGCCGGAACCAAUGUGCCAUAUGGCGCCGGCGGCCGGAGGACUGUUUUAGUAAAGGACUACCAGUUCUCUGUGAAGGGUCGGUCGGUAACAGUUCCGGUGGGAGAAGGCGGCAUUGAGACCUUUGAUUUCGGCUCCUGAUAUGCAGCGACAGAAUUUUCGGCCCCCAACUCCUCCUUGCCCCGGCCCGGGUGUAGGAGGUUGGGGUAGCGGGAACAGCUUCCGGGGUACCCCAGGCGGAGGCGGACCACGGCCGCCCUCCCCUCGGGACGGGGACGGGAGUCCGCACCACACGCCGCCGUACGGGCCGUGGUCUAGGCCCUACGGGAGCAGCCACUCUCCGAGACACAGCGGCAGCUUCCCGGGGGGCCGGUUCGGGUCUCCGUCCCCUGGCGGCUACCCUGGCUCCUACUCCAAGUCCCCCGCGGGGUCCCAGCAGCAUUUCGGCUACUCCCCAGGGCAGCAGCAGACCCACCCCCAGGGUUCUCCAAGGACAUCUACACCAUUUGGAUCAGGGCGUGGUAGAGAAAAAAGAAUGUCUAAUGAGUUGGAAAGUUAUUUUAAGCCUUCAAUGCUUGAAGACCCUUGGGCUGGCCUAGAACCAGUAUCUGUAGUGGAUAUAAGCCAACAAUACAGCAAUACCCAAACAUUCACAGGCAAAAAAGGAAGAUACUUUUGUUAACAUUUCUGAAAUUCAACUGGAAGCUUCAUGUGUCAGGAACAUCUUGGACAAAACUUGUAUUAAUAAGUUGAACCCAAAGAUGAUGACUCUGAUUUAUUAAUUAGGGCCUUUUUGGUAUUUUUUUAAAUCAUAUCAAGGAUUAUUGAUUAAUUAGAGAAGAAGGUAGUUUUGCAGUAUUUAGCUCUCUAGAAGUGCCUAUCACAUUUUAGAAGAUUUACAGUUUCCAUAUUUAACAUUCCUUGUUAUGUAAUGGACAUUUGUCUUUUAAUGUUUUUCCAAUGUUUUAAAAUAAAACAUUUUGUCUUUCUA